ACUCGUCGCAGUCGACUGGAGCGAGGUGCCCAGCAGACCGAGGGCCAGAAUUUGGGUGCCGGCUACCUUUAAGGAGCCAGAACGCAUCCUCAAGAUGCUGCAGAGAUGCAACCCAGGACUACCAACCUCAGAUUGGAAGGUAGCCAAGGUUGAGACGACACAAGGGCCGACUAACCAGGCAGUGCUCGUUCUCAAUAAAGAGUCGCUGGCCCCGAUAGAGGCAGCAAAAGGAGAGCUAAACUUCGGCUUCAGCUCGGUCACCAUCAAGGUGUACAAAUCGGACGCGGCGGCCGCGGCGCUUCCUGUCGUCAACCCAGACGUGCAGGAUGUCGCUGCGGAGAUCGAAGCGCCUGACGACGAGCUGGAGCCAGACCAGGAAGGCUUCUCCUCAGAGACAGAGCUGAUGCUCGACUUUGAGUCAAUGUGCCGAGAGAGAGUCUCAGAUGACUCGGACGCGGACAUCACGGUGGUGGAGAAUCUUGAAGAUGGUCCUAAGGAUCCUUCAAAUAAAUCUCCACCACUGUAAAGCAGCAUCGGCUGCUCUCAUACUCCGCCUAGACGCAAGCGGAGCCGACGUAGUCCUGAUCCAGGAGCCUUGGGUGGUAGGAGGCAAGGUCUGUGGAUUGGGGACGAGGGAAUACAAGAUCAUUGUAUCCCAAAAUGAAGCGAUGGCGAUAACACGGCGGUAAGCCUAGAACUAAAAGGGAAUCAUCUCAGGCUGGUGGCGUCCUAUAUGGCCCACGAGGAGGAUGAUCCUCCGAACGACCUUGUUCGCAAAAUAGCCAGCGACAGCGAAAGGACGGACAAAGACCUACUUAUAGGAUGCGAUGCCAACGCCCACCACACCCAAUGGGGGAGCACGGACACGAAUGUAAGGGGUGAGUCACUGUUC